UUGUCACAGCACUCAUAUGCACAUCCCUAUCCUAAGACAGACACUGUUAAAGAAGAAAACGGGGACAAGGGUGACUUAUUCUAUGCUAGCUAUGAAGCAAGUGAUUGUGUGACAAUUGAAGUCCCUUGCGAGGAUCAAACAGAAGAACCGGCUCCAAUUAAAUUGGACACCGACUUCAAUAAACUGACGGACAACUGUUUGGACAUCACAUUGGAAUCGGAUAUGAAAUUAUUGUCACCGUUGCCGAUGUCAAUAAAGUCUGCGGAUGAAAAUGUAUUGGCAGUGUCCCCGACACACAGUAAUUUGAGUUCUGACUUGGGCUACGAGUCACUCUCCUCCCCGCUGAGUGAACCAGAAUCUAUGGACCUGUCAGACUUUUGGUGUGAAUCGUUCCCGGAGCUGUUCCCGGACCUGGUGUAA